AUGGCAGACUUGACGGCGGACGCCAUGCAACAUCCACUUGUGUACACUAAGGGGAGGCGUGAUGAGGCUGUACUGGAGAUUCUCCAUGAGCUAAAGCUCAAUGGAAUUAGUCACCGCACUGAAAAAGCUAUCGAAUCCAAAGUUCGUCGUUUUGAACGCGAGUUUAACUCGGUUCUGAAAUGGCUUGAAGCGAACCGCCUCAUGGAUGUCGGCGACAUGAAGAACAAGUCGGAGCCAAGUGCCAUCGACUCCGUGCGCAAGGUCGUGCCUUACGGUGCCAUGGGAUCCAAUUGCUUUGAGCAGAGUUUUCGUGUGGCCGAGUUUCCACCGGCGUUGCAGCAGAAAUUUGGGGAGGUGAUGCUAAACCACACGCAAAAGAGCAGCGAGAGAGUGCUUGAGACUGGCAAGAAGCUUCGCGAGGUGGAUUGGCGAUGCGAGCAACGAACGCCAAGAAGCAGAAAGCGAUGGCCAAGUCCGACGAGCAACUGA